CUACAUCAAAACGACACCACCUACAAUCAUUCCAUAUUCUUAAGAGUCCCCUCCUCCACUCCAAGCUUCUCUGCUUAUAAAUCUUCUUGCCUGCUCCCCUCUCUCCUCCUCAAAAGAAAGCCUCAUCUUCUUCAAAUCCUUCAUUCCUUGCAAGAUAGAUUUAGAGAUAAAAACGAUGGCUGCCGAGCUGGAAAAAAGCAACAAGGCAGCUACCAAAAAGUUGCAGAAGAGCUACUUUGAUGUGCUAGGCCUUUGCUGUUCUUCAGAGGUUCCUUUGAUCGAGAAUAUCCUCAAGUCACUCGAUGGUGUUAAAGAUUUUUCAGUGAUUGUCCCAACAAGAACAGUGAUUGUUUUCCAUGACGAUCUCCUCAUUUCUCAGCUCCAAAUUGUUAAGGCUCUAAAUCAAGCAAGACUGGAAGCAAAUGUUAGAGCAUAUGGAGAGACCAAGCACCAAAAGAAAUGGCCUAGCCCAUAUGCAAUGGCUUGUGGUGUGUUACUUUUGUUAUCACUUUUGAAGUAUGUCUAUCAUCCUUUGCGUUGGUUUGCUAUUGGAGCAGUGGCUGUUGGCAUCCUUCCCAUCUGCUUGAAAGCUGUUGCUUCCUUGAGGAAUUUUAGGCUUGAUACCAACGUUCUUAUGCUUAUUGCAGUCAUAGGAACGAUUGCGAUGGAUGAUUAUAUUGAAGCAGGAACUAUUGUCUUCCUGUUCACUAUUGCAGAAUGGCUAGAGUCAAGGGCAAGCCACAAGGCCAGUGCUGUCAUGUCAUCAUUGAUGAGCAUAGCUCCACAGAAAGCAGUCAUUGCUGAAACUGGGGAAGAAGUGGAUGCUGAUGAGGUCAAGUUAAACACUGUUCUUGCAGUUAAGGCUGGUGAAGUUAUUCCCAUUGAUGGAGUUGUUGUCGAUGGUAACUGUGAAGUGGACGAGAAAACGUUAACUGGAGAGUCAUUUCCAGUCCCCAAACAGGUGGAUUCAACUGUCUGGGCAGGCACCAUUAACCUAAAUGGUUAUAUGAGUGUUAGAACUACUGCUCUCGCUGAAGACUGUGUGGUGGCUAAAAUGGCAAAGCUUGUGGAAGAAGCUCAAAACAGCAAGUCUAAAACUCAAAGGUUCAUAGACAAAUUUGCUCAAUACUAUACUCCAGCGGUGAUUAUUAUAUCGGCUAGCGUUGCAGUGAUACCGCUUGCACUACGAUUGCAUGACCGUAAUCGCUGGUUUCGUUUAGCAUUGGUUGUUUUAGUCAGUGCAUGUCCAUGUGCUCUAAUCCUGUCUACACCGGUUGCAACAUUUUGUGCUCUAACAAAGGCGGCAUCAGCUGGUCUUCUGAUCAAAGGGGGUGACUAUCUUGAAACACUAGGCAAGAUUAAGGUCAUGGCUUUCGACAAAACCGGUACCAUAACAAGAGGUGAAUUUGUUGUCACAGAUUUCCAACCUCUCUGCAAUGAUAUCAGUGUAGACACAUUGCUCUAUUGGGUAUCAAGCAUCGAGAGUAAAUCAAGUCAUCCUAUGGCGGCUGCACUUAUCGACUAUGGAAAGAUGCAUUCAAUAGAGCCACAGCCUGAGAAAGUGGAGGAAUUUCAAAAUUUUCCUGGAGAAGGAAUUCAAGGAAAAAUUGAAGGGAAAGAUAUAUAUAUUGGGAACAGAAAGAUUGCUCACAGAGCAUCUGGAACAGUUCCAACACUAGAAGGCGACAAGAAGACAGGAAAGUCUGUCGGAUAUGUGUACUGUGGAGCAACUCUUGCAGGGAUUUUUAGUCUCUCUGAUAGCUGUAGGACUGGGGUUGCUGAGGCCAUUAAGGAACUGAAGUCAUUAGGCAUUAAAACUGCAAUGCUUACUGGAGAUAGUGAAGCGGCGGCUAUGUAUGCACAUGAACAGCUAGAGCAUGCUCUUGAAGUUGUUCAUGCAGAACUCCUACCUGAAGACAAGGCGACUAUUAUUAAAGAACUUAAGAAGGAAGGACCAACAGCAAUGAUUGGAGAUGGUCUGAAUGAUGCCCCUGCAUUAGCUACUGCUGAUAUUGGCAUUUCAAUGGGAAUUUCAGGUUCAGCACUUGCAACAGAGACAGGGCAUGUGAUUCUUAUGUCCAAUGAUCUCAGGAAAGUACCAAAAGCCAUCCGGCUUGGCCGUAAAUCUCAUAGAAAAGUGAUUGAGAAUGUGAUUAUGUCCAUGACUACAAAGUCUGCUAUCCUGGCCUUGGCGUUUGCUGGUCACCCACUUGUUUGGGCAGCCGUUCUUGCUGAUGUAGGUACAUGCUUGUUGGUCAUUUUGAACAGCAUGCUGCUUUUACGAGGCACUCAUGCAGGGAAAUGUAGCAAAUCAUCAGGUGCGUCGCAUUCGCACAAACAUGGUACUAAGAAUUCAUCACACAAUCAUCGUAAUUGUUGCUCUAGCCAAAAUGUCAAGAAGGUGGAAUGUGGGGCUCAAAAGUGUUGCUCUAGCCCAAAAGUUGAGCAGGUGCAGAGCGGGGCUCUAAACUCAACCUGUGCCUCAAGGUGUUGCUCUAGUCCAAAAGUUGAGAAGGGGCCAAGUGGGUCUCAAAAUUCAAGCUGCACCUCAGGGGUUUGCUCUAGCCCUAAAGUUGAGAAGGUUCACAGUGGAGCUCAAAAUUCAAGUUGUGCCUCAGGAUGUUGUUCUAGCCAGAAAGUUGAGAAGGUGCAGCUUGCCGCUCAAAAUUCAAACUGUGCCUCGGGAUGUUGCUCUAGCCAGAAAGCUGAGGUGAAGCUUGUGGCCCAGAAUCCAAGCUGCGACUCAGGGUGUUGCUCUAGACCAAAAGUUGAGAAGGUUCAGAGCGAGGAUCAAAAUUCAAACUGUGCCUCCAGAUGUUGCUCUAGCCAGAAAGCUGAGGUGAAGCUUGUGGCCCAGAAUCCAAGCUGCGACUCAGGGUGUUGCUCUAGACCAAAAGUUGAGAAGGUUCAGAGCGAGGAUCAAAAUUCAAACUGUGCCUCCAGAUGUUGCUCUAGCCAGAAAGUUGUGAAGGAGCAUUGUGUGGCUCAAAGUUCAAGCCUUGCCUCAGGAUGCCAAUCUAGCCAACAUAGUAUCAGCUCAUGCAGAAACCAAGAGUGCGCUGACUCAGCUAAGAGCCAUGAUGCACGUGUAGCAACUAAUGCUAGUGGAGUUCAUGAAGCCAAGCACCACGAUCAUAGUUGCUUUAACACAGUCAAUCCUAACACGGAGGCAAAUCAUCCACGCAGCCAUGACUGUUCAUCCCCUCCCAAAUUGAAACAUCUAUGCCAUAAUUCAGUAGAAACUCAAGGUAAAUGCUCAGAUGGAGAUGGUCUUCAUAAGGAAAAACACUGCCACCGUUCACACGGUGAACCUGCUGCUACUCAUCAUGGUAUUCAUCACCAUUCAAGUCAUUCUUCUCAUGAUUUAGAAGGCAGCCAAAAAACGACAGACAAUACUACUAAUUGCUGCUCCAAGAGCAGUUGUAAAAACACUAUUGACAUUCCCAAGAAUGAAGAGUCACUAGGAGAGAUUGUUGAAUCCAGUUGCAGUCCCCAGCAUCAACAUCAAGAGUUACACCAGGAGUUGAAGAAGUGUUGUACAGGCUGCGCUCCACCUCACACUGUUAUUGAAAUUGAGCCAACAACCAUGCAUGCUUGUAUGAGCAUGGAGAAGAGAGAGAUUGGUGGAUGUUGCCAGAGCUACAUGAAGGAAUGCUGUAGCAAGCAUGGACACUUUGCAACUGGCUUUGGUGGAGGCUUAUCAGAAAUCACGAUCGAACAAGUAUAAAGAUCUUUAGAUGAAUAUUGUUUUGGCUCUAGCGAAGAAACUAGGAAAUUUUGGUGAAAUACGUGUAGUAACCAAGAACCAGAAUUAAUGAAUGAAAUGAAAUUAAGAAGUGUGUUCGAUGUUUACAGAAAUAUUGUAUUUCAUCAUUCUGUAAGUGAUUAAAACCAUUGUACAUUUAUAUGAAUAAUAAUUAGUCCUUUAUCUGAAUUAUGACAA